AUGGUCGAAGACAAAUAUGUGGGACUCAUGCUGGCCGUGAGCUCGUCACUAGCCAUUGGCGCAAGUUUUGUCAUUACGAAGAAGGGCCUCAAUGCCUCGAUGGAGAAGCAGGGCUUCAACGGCGACGGUUUUGGAUACCUACAGAACCCCGUGUGGUGGGCCGGUAUAACAACGAUGGUACUUGGCGAGAUCUUCAACUUCGCGGCAUACGCCUUCGCGCCUGCCAUCCUCGUAACUCCCCUCGGCGCCCUCUCAGUUCUUAUCGGUGCGGUACUCGGCUCAUACUUCCUGGACGAACAAUUAGGACUUCUGGGCAAGAUUGGCUGCGCGAUAUGUCUUAUCGGAUCUGUCAUUAUCGUGCUACAUGCGCCGCCGGACAAAGAGGUUGAGUCCGUUGAGGAGAUCUUGAACCUUGCGCUUCAGCCAGGAUUCCUCUUCUACUGCGCUUUCUGCGUCGUCUUCUGCAUCUUCAUGAUCUACAGUGUUGCGCCCAAGUACGGUCGCAAGAACCCGCUCAUUUACCUCUCCAUUUGCUCGACCGCCGGCUCCGUUUCCAUCAUGUUCAUCAAGGCCUUCGGUAUCGCCCUCAAGAUGACAUUUGCGGGCAACAACCAGUUCACGCACCCCUCCACAUACGUCUUCGUAAUCUUGGUGGUCGGAUGCAUUCUCACACAGAUGAACUACUUCAACAAGGCCUUGAGCCAGUUCUCGACAAACAUUGUUAAUCCGCUCUACUACGUCAUGUUCACGACUUGCACCCUCAUCGCGUCCUGCCUCCUCUUCCAAGGCUUCAACACCACGUCUGCCGUCAAUACCAUUUCUCUCCUCUGUGGUUUUCUCAUCAUCUUCUCCGGCGUAUAUCUAUUGAACCUUUCGCGCGAAGACCCCAACGGCAGCAACGCAUACGGCUCGCGUUUCACCGACGGCCCGCCUUCUGACGCCAUAUCCGGUUUCCCUACAAGACGCAGUAUGCAAGCGCGGCGCAGCGAAGAGCUGUUUGAGCGACAGUCGAUUGGUGUCGUUCGUGAUGGCAGGCCUAGUUAUGCGGACGCUGGCGACCGUAGUGCGCUGAUGCAUGACUACGACGUUGAGAACCAGUUCGAGCUUGGAGAUUUGGCCGACAGCGACGAUGAUUUGGAGGGUGGCCAAAACACCAAACGAACAAGCUUCGACGAGGAGGCAAGGUUAAAUGGUAGACUCAGCGGCACAGGCAGAGGGCGUGUGCAAAAAGAGUCGGUACAACCGAAGAGGAACUCAUCUGGUCUAGAACGCGACUUCCAUGUGCACAAACAAACCAUCAUCCUCCACUCACGAACCGACUUCCUCAGCAACGGCCUUUGGGGCCGACUACUUACAGCCAUGGCCACGACCGACUCGAGCAAUGGGCCGCAGCUGUUGCAGCAAGCGGAGAAAAUCUUGCUGCACCCGAUACAUCCACAUCUCAUCUCGUACUGCCCUACCAUGGAUCUCAUAGCGCUAGUUACAGAUGAGGAGAGCCUCGAUGUCUACCGAAUCAAUGGUCAAAGAGCAUUUGGACUGAAAAGAAAGAGCGAGGAUUUGCGCGUUGAUGCGCUGCAGUGGGAGUUCAACGGCAAGAGCAUCGCUGUCAGUUGGAGCGAUGGAAGCACGGACUUGGUGAGCGCCGAGACGGGGAAGGUUACGCACAAGGACGUCAUGUUGCCGGAAGUCGAGGGCACCACGAGUAGCAUGGUAGAAGAUGAGAAUCCAGCUAGGGUAAGGUGUAUAGGCUGGGGCCUGAACUUCAUCAAUGUGGAGACUGUGAAGAAGCGCACCGGCUUGAAACGGAAGAAUGCCAACGGCGUUACGCCUGCGAAGACUGAUGUCUUUGGCAAUCCGACGACGGAGGAAUGGGAUGCGUUCAAGGAUGAUACCACACUGGAGGACUUUCUGCAGCGACAGCCGGACUUUCAGACCUUGGAUAUCGCGCCUGACCUACCGGAUCAGCUUGCUAUGAUGGAUAUGGAAUCGGUGCUACCCAAACUCCCCGCAAUUCCCCUUGCACCAGCAUUACCCUUCAUGCGCGUCUCACAGGCGGAUACUGGAGCGUUCAGUUCGCAAGCGGAGGUGGACUCGCUUCUGCAUUCGCAUCAUCUGAAAGACCACAACUCUGUCGACAUGUUCAUUCGACUGACCGACCGUGGAACCGUCUACCCCUCGAUUUACGACUCGCUCGAAACAGUCAACGUCCAGCUCCCGAGAGCCUGGAACAUGUCGAGUACGCCAAUACUACAUACAAGUCAUCCGUACAGCUGUACACACAGCCUCCUGAUGCAAACGUCAUCGACCACCUCACCACAAAGGAAGAGCAUCGCCUAUAUCCCUCUGACAUUGAACUUCAUUCCUUCCGCAGGCAUCUAUCUGCAUCUCAUUGCAGCAAAGACAUCACAACUACAGAAUCUGCUCCUGUACAUCACUCAGACCCUCCAACGCGUCCGCGCUUUCUUCAAGCACGCGCAAGACCUGCCCCGAAAAUUCAUGAUGAACAUUAGCGAAACACUCGAAGAGAAGGAGCUAGGCGAUCUUGUCACGAACCUCUUCCACACAGCAUGCACAGGAAACUGCAACCCAGUCCUCAAAGAAUGGCUUGUCGACGAAUUGGCAGAAGCAGGACACAAGCGCUGGGACAACACCGUUACUUCCUCUUUCACCACGCUUCUUGCUCUGCUUCACGAGAACCUCAUCCCAGCACUCGACCGUUGCUCCAUCGUCAUCUCGCGUCUACGUGGUCUUGCGCAAUUCCACGACCGAGAUUGGAUCUUCAGCGGACCAAUGUCGUACUUCUCAUCGCUGUUAGAGACGCUGAAGAAUAUGCGAUUGCUAGCCCAUACAGCCAUGUUGUACGCAUCGGAAGAGAAAAGACAGUUUCACAGCUUCAGUAAAUGGUUAAGAUUCACCAUUGACUUCGAGGCUACCGAAUUGGACUCGCAGUCUAGAGCUGAGAUGGAACAGCGCGAUCCCGGGGUCGAUGUUUCACAGGUGCUGGCGUAUAUUCAAUAUGGGCUUACCAAGUCGGAUGUUACGCCGUUUCUCAGACCAGAGGCGCAGUUGGAUGGUAAAGCCAAGGGGAGAGAGGAAGCGAGCUAUGAUGAUACGAAGAAGGCUAUCGAGCUGUUGAAGGAAGGUGCGACGUUCAAAGAGGAGGCGUUGUGCUUGGAACAUGUUCUUGGACAUUUGAGCACAGGUGUUACGGGGCUGCUGAAGCAGAUUAGUAGGUGGCAGGAAGCCAAUAUCCAGAUGAACUCUGGUGUUGUUCUUGAAGAGGUUGAUGAGGCCGGGGAGAUGGGUGUACUGGACAUGAGAAUGGUGUUUGAGCCAUCAUCGACCUCAGACAGCAUGAGUACCUACAUCGCGCUCUCACCCCCUUCAUCGCCGACUCUCUUACACAUCCACCGCCUCUCUCACAAAGAGAGUAUAUCCAAUCUACAGCGCGACAUCCACGCCUACGCCAUCUCAACCCUCGACUUCUCAUCCGCCUCCCAAUCGACCAAAAACAUCAAGAUUCUCGACGCAAAAUUCGCAGACAACGCCUGUCUCCUCAUCCUCUUGCAGCUCCCCUCAGAGGACAAAUCGCUAUCAAACGUCAUCGUCUCGCUACCGUACACACCCGCCGCGAAUGACAUACCUCACCAACACCCUCUCAUCACCUACACCCCGCUUCCGCAGUCUGCGCUACAGCAACAUUUCCUCCCGCAAGGCACACCUCCGCCGUCGCCACGAAACAAGAUAGUUAUUACGCAAGAGCUGAUUGAGAGGCACACGCAACAUGUGUUUGAAGGCCGGUUCACUCCGAUGAAGUUGGUUGUGAAUGGCAGGAAGGGCAGGAGAGUGAUUGUUGUGUUGGGCGAUGAUAGGAAACAUUACCGUGUGCUGGAUAUGGACUAUAGGAUGAAGAAGGAGAAGGAAGACGGGGAUGGGGGUAGUGGGACUGGGACUGAGAGCGAAGCGGAGGACAGAGAUGGCGAUGUGGAGAUGGGUGGAGCGUGA